GAAAAUACAAUAAAUGAACACAUACGUGACUUAAUUUGUUAAAGUGAAGAAAAUCUGAAUGUAAUUUUGAAUGUAAUUUUGACAGUGUGACGUUGAAUUUGUUUGCCCUCGGUCACUUACCUUUAUCACACAUGGCUUCUUAUUAACAGUCUAGAAUGAAACUGAAGCUAAAAGUGGUACAGAAACUUUACAUGUAGUUAUUUUGUGAUUCAAGAAAUUGGCCUUAAAAUGUGAUUGUGAUAAGUGUGAGGAAAAAUACUGUAUAUCUUAUGUACAGUCCAUCUGAAUGAGCAAGGCAAGUAUUUUGAUUAUUUUAUUAUUGCUGCUGAUAACGCCAUUGAUUAUUUUUCUAUUACAUAAGUAAGUAUGCCAUUUAUCAAGACUCCAUAUAAUAAAGUGUUCAUGACAAAGGUCAAAAAACAGGAGAACAUGAUGCAGCACCUGACUGCAGUCACACUGCAUUUCCAAACUUCAGCUGUCUUAUGCACAGAUUUACUUUGCUUUGUGGUAAAUCUGCACAAGACAUUUGCGCAUGACUUUUGCAUGACAUUUUAUGUCACAUUGUGUUGCUUUCACAGAUUGACCACAAUGGCACCUGAACCACUGGAGUCAAACCGAAACUUCAAAGCAAAUCUACCACAUUUCUACCUUCAUCACAGACUGAAACCUCUGGUUAAACUUUUCAACUGACCACAAAAUGCUUCAGUCACAUACUCAGUACACUAAACUGCGCUGGAUAUUUACCAUUGUUGGACUUGUUUUCUGGUGAACCAGGUCUUCAGCUAUGUCUGGUAUUUGGACGACAUGGGUGACGUUCUGCAAAACCCUGAGGGAAAAACAACCGUAUCAGGCAUGUCAAAAGGGAGACUUAUUGUCCUGCACCUUUCUGGCAUGGGUAUCUACACCAGGUAUUAUCACCUGCUGAAAAAAGGAUUUAAAGUGCUUUGGACAACAACAACAAAUUCUUCUACACUGGAAGAAAGGAGGGAUGCGCACCACAAUCUGUUUUGCCUGGCUACAGAUCUGAGCAUGCUCAAACUGUUGGAGGCGUUUCUGGAGAGCGUUCCGCAAUUCAUUCUACAACUAUACAUAAUGCUGGGCCACAAUGAAAGCUCCGUUAUGCAGUAUUUAUCUAUGACUUUUUCCUGCAUUAAUGUUGCCUGGGCCCUGGUGGACUAUCGUCGCUGCUUGCGCAGAUCCCUCCCCCACAUCAGGGAGAUGCCCUCUGGCCUCCCCACGGCAAUCUACUUCCUGUACAAGCUCUGUACCAUCACCAGCCACAUCCUCAGCUACAGCCUCCUCCUCUUACUGAGCACUUACAGCACAAUAGGCCUUGCCGUCAUCUGGCUGUUGGGGACAACCUGGACACACUUGCUUCAGACCAACUUCUGCUCAUGCAAAGGCCUUGAGCUUCUCUACCGGGCAGUCAUAGGAGUCAUCCUCGUGUUCACCUUUUUCAAUGUCAAAGGCCAGGACACAAAAGUAGCCAUGAUCGUCUAUUACAUUUUACACUCUCUCAUAAACAUUACGGCUCCAUUAUUGCUGGUUCUGUUGAAGCCAGAGUCGUACACAGCCAAUUUUUUGCUGACAGUCAGUGGUGUAAUCCUUGGCAGUUCAGCUCUGGGGCUGGUGAGUCUCGUGUUGUACUACCUCUUCCUGCAUCCCAGGGGGAAGCUGCGUGAGCCAGAUGAGGUGGACGGCCUGGAUCAGGAAACAAAGGCCAUAAGAAGAAUGAGGAAUUUUUUACAACCCUGAUGAACGUCCUUUCAUUCUAAGCCUUAUGGGAGGGUAGAUAUGCACUUGAUAUGAAUCUGAAACUACCUAAUAAGUCUAUACAAAGAACAACCAGAAUAUCAUAGUCAUGUUAUGCUGUCUAUUCAUUAUAUGUUAUAUUAUGCUGCUGUCACUUAUCCUCCCCUUGCCUGAGAUUAAAUUUACUUUCUUAUCACUGAUAUAAACAGCUAGCUAAACAUUUAUGUGCAAUAUGGUUUAUAGUUUCAAUUAAUAUAAUUGUUUUAUUUAUUCUUGCUUUAGUCAAAGAUGGAUGUCAGUAAUGUAUUUAUAUUUAUAUUUAUAUUUAUAUCAUAUAAUGUAAUUCUAAUAGCUGGAAACGUUUCCUUACAAAGUUCACUUAAAUUGUAGGACGCUCUAACAUAAACAUUCAAUUGAUAUUAAAUUGUGAGCAAAUAAA